AUCACCUUACCGGCAGAGCAGAGUGCUCUUGUGUGACACCAUCACCAGCUGAUACUGCUCAACAGCUCAGACUAGAGUCUGGCUUUCCUUAAGGCGUUGGGAUUGGAAGGAGCUAUUCUGUGAUCUGUGCUGCUAUCACUGUAUAUAUUCCUUGCUUCUUCCUUCCAUGGGAAGCAUGAGUCUAUUGGAACUUGGAACAAGAAGAAAACAAGAUAUCUUUACAACAAAACCCAGAUACUAAAAAGAUGUCCCAGAUUCUGGAAAGCCAGGACAUGAACAUGAUGGACGGUGGCUGCAGUGACCCUGUGGGAGACUCUCAAAAGGAUUUAGGAAAUGAUUCCUCCAUCAACUCCCAAGCACAGGGCACCACAGUCACACCCAGUGACCAUGAAGAAGCCCAGACCCCACCUCCUGCAUCAGAUCUCAAGGAUGACCAUCAUGAGGUAGGGGCCAAAGGUCAAGAGCACGCAGACACAGGUGACAAGCCAGAAAGUUCAGAGGAAAUGGCUUCAGGAAAGCAUCCGGUGGACAAAGCAGAACACCAGAGCAGCCUGAGUUCCCAGGACACAGAGCAGGGGCAUCACCCUCCCUCGGAACAUCUGGGUGGAGAGGCCCUGCAUCUGGAUCCUAACUGCUCUCAAAGCAGCAAGGGAGGAAGUGCAGAUGCACACCUGGGGAGCAGUUCCACAGACCCCCCAGAGGGAGCAGGUGACAGAUGUGAGGCUGAUCAGGAGCCACCUGCUGCAGACUCCACCGAUGGCCCGAGUCCCGGUCAUUCCAGUGAAGACCCAGGGAGCCAGGAUUUACUGAGGAGGCGACUGCCUGCGUCAGCCCUAGAGGCUGGAGGUCCUGAAGAAGAGACGGAGUUAGUGAAGGAAAAGGAAGAGGCUGUACAGGAUUCACUGAGAAAGAUUGAUAAGAAGAGUCUCUGGAGCUAUGGUCCUAUGCUUCUCGGAUGCCUGAUCGUGGCUCUCGUGCUAAGUUCCGUCAGUAGCUACUAUUCCUCCCCAGCCCAGCAGGUGCCCCAGAACCCAGCUUUGGAGGCUUUCCUGGCUCAGUUUAGCCAACUGAAGGAUAAAUUUCCAGGUCAGAGUUCCUUUUUGUGGCAGCGAGGCCGUAAGUUUCUCCAGAAGCACCUCAAUGUCUCAAACCCCACCGAGCCAGCCACCAUCAUCUUCACAGCUGCUCGAGAGGGAAAGGAGACCCUCAAGUGCCUGAGUCACCAUGUGGCCAAUGCCUACACCUCUUCCCAGAAAGUGUCAGCUGUCUCCUUAGACGGAGCCGAGAGAGCCCUGCAGGACAGUGACACAGUCAAACUGUGGGUUGACUUGGAGCUCAGCUAUGGAUUUGAGAAUGGCCAUAAGGCUGCUGUAGUCCACCACUUCGAAUCCCUUCCUGCAGGCUCCACCCUGAUCUUCUACAAGUAUUGUGAUCACGAGAACGCUGCCUUUAAAGAUGUGGCCCUUGUCCUGACCGUCCUUUUGGAGGAGGAAACACUAGAAGCAAGCGUAGGCCCCAGGGAAACAGAAGAGAAAGUGCGGGAUUUACUCUGGGCUAAAUUCACCAACUCUGAGACCCCCAGCUCCUUCAGCCACAUGGACUCAGACAAGCUGAGUGGGCUGUGGAGCCGCAUUUCACACCUGGUGCUGCCCGUCCAGCCCGUCAAGACCAUAGAAGAGCGAGGCUGCCUUUUGUGAAGCCAGGCACAGAGAUAGCAUUGAACCAGGUCUGAGGGCUCUGUGCCCCUGGAAGGAGAUGGUUGUUAGCAGGCGGGAGGAGACAGCUGAGAAGCCCAGGCCCUUAUUUUAGAAAAGAAACUUUCAUCUUCUUCUUUUUUUUCUUUUUGUAAAAGCUUUCUAGUCUAAGCCGGGCGUUGGUGGCGCAUGCCUUUAAUUCCAGCACUCGGGAGGCAGAGGCCAGCCUGGUCUACAGAGCGAGAUCCAGGACAGGCUCCAAAGCCACAGAGAAACCCUGUCUCAAAAAACAAAACAAAACAAAACUUUCUAGUCUAAAUUUUGAUAACGUUAGCAAUUGGCCUGAUGGUUUCCUUUGCCUUUUUAAGGAGAUCACGUUUAAAGUACAGCAUGAUACAUAAAACUAAGGGAUUGUUUAGCUCUCCAGCCCAUGGGCAGAAUCAUUGCACAGGAAGAUCUGAUUGCAGAGGAAAUGCUGCCUUGCUAGGACUCCACAGGGCCUCAUGGGCAGUGUUUGGGCUCAGAUUAGUAAUUCCAGUGAUUUCAGGGAACUCUUCUACCACGUAUUAAGUGUUUUUAAGACUCACUUUAAUAAUGCAGUUGUGGGGUUGUGUCUUACGUGGAUUUGCACUUUGAGUAGAUGAAAACAGGAAACUAGAAUUCAUCCCUCCAAAUCCUACCUAAGAACUUGGUGCAUGUAUGCUUUUAUUCCAUUAAUGAGCUGAGUUAAUGAGCUGAGGUAAAAACUACAUUAAAAAAAAAUGUUGGGGACUGAAGAAAUGACUCAGUAGUUAAGAGCACUGGUUGUUCUUCCAAAGGACCCGGGUUCAAUUCCCAGCAACCAUAUGGCAGAUCACAACUGUCUAACUUCAAGAUCUGACACCUUCACACAGAUAUAGAUGCAGGCAAAAUACCAAUACAUAUAAAAAUAAAAAGAAAUUGUUUAAAAAAUGUUCCCAAGUACUGGAAUCAAUGUAGACAUUUUUAGUAAUCCCUGGAAAUGAAGAAAUCCCAACUGGCUGUAUCAUUUCUCUGCGCCUACCAGCUCCUCCUCAUGUGAGAACAUCUCUGCUCUUGACUGCUGUGUUUGGGGCUCUCUGUUAAGAUUUCAGUGGACCAAAGUUUAACUGAGAAGGAAGUGUGAAAACCAUUGAUGAAGUGAAGGCGCAUUCUAGAAGGUACGAACUCAGGUAGGAAGAGAUGAAAGCUUAGGAGUAGGAAGGUGGAGUGAGGUCUGUUGGACAGGGUGAUUGAGGCCUGCUGAUGGUCUGCUGUGGGGUGUAGAGGCAUGACCUCUGGCUUUUGCUCAUUUCUGUUGAUCACGGCUGCCACUGCUGGCUGGAAUGUCAUAAUUGACUCUGGUGAAAAUCUGAGUGCCGUUUCAGAGAGACACCAGUAUCAGCAGCUGGCAUAACUUUACCAAAUGGGAUUUUCUAUGCUAUGAUGGAACGUUACAUUUGUUUCUUGAUAGCUAGUUAGCAAUGCCAGUAGGAAAGGAAUUGGAGAAAUGCAAGAGGAUGUUCUUUCUACAUAGGGAAGAGAAAGAGAAGUCAUGGCCAGGAUCAGUUGUUAAGCUACGAGUCAUGAUUGUUAGAGUAGGGCCAAUAGCUGUCCAUCAGCACACAUGAACUCUAAAGUAAAACUCUAGUAAAAGGAUCCUGAUCCACAAAGGGUCUGUUCCAUUACGUGAACAGAAAUAGCCCUGGACUUUUGCACUUAGUUUUGGCUGUUCUGCUGCUAUGAGAUCAUGUAUAUAAUUAAGAAGUUAUUUGAGUCUGUAGGGAUUUUAGGGAACACUAAGAAGAUCUCUGUUGAUUGUUAAGAGGGAUCACAAAGAUGGGGUGGGGAGUGCCACAGAAAGAACACAGAUUGGCUUUGUCCAGAGCCUUUGAUGUGAACUAUGGAGGCACAUAGGAAGAAAGAUUUGGGAUUUUGAAGGAAUCUUGCAAUAGAUUUGAGAAAAGACCCUAAACACGAAGUUUAAGCGUAGUGGAUGGAAUUUUUUUUUUGUUUUUGUUUUUCGAGACAGGGUUUCUCUGUGGCUUUGGAGGCUGUCCUGGAACUCGCUUGGUAGUCCAGGCUGGUCUCGAACUCACAGAGAUCCGCCUGCCUCUGCCUCCCGAGUGCUGGGAUUAAAGGCGUGCGCCACCAACGCCCGGCUAGUGGAUGGAAUUUGAGUGUCAACUCAAUGUAAAACAGAGGACUGAAGAAAAAUCUGUAUGCCACAUUUGAUUUUUUUUUUUCUGUAUUUCUAGACUUGCAUUCAUUUGUUUUGAAAGCUGGUGGCUUGUCAUAUAUCCCUGGCUGGCAUGGUCCUCACUCUGUAGCCAAGGCUGACUUUAGACUUAGAGUAAUUUCUUCUGCCUCAGCCCCCUGCGCGCUUGGGUUUAGGUGUAUACCAUCACACCCAGCUCUUAGCCACUAGCACCACUUCAUAUAAAACCAAGGGUGCCUUGCAGAACUGUUAUGUUGGCCUUCGGCCUGUGCUACCUCAGACUGCAGAGGAACCGACCUGAAGUAUUUGUACACAGCUUAUGUCAGUGGCUCAGAUCACAGGUGGAACAAGUUUCUUCAUUCAGUUGAAUAUCCUUGUACAUAAUUUGCUGUCAACAUAAAUUUGAGAUAUAUAAUACAUUUCAAAAAUUAAUUUUCAA